AUGGCAAAAUCCAGCCUCUCCAUCAGCUACUACGCUUUUACAGCGCUUCAUGUCGCCUGCUUUGCCCUCGCAAUUACCGUCUGCGGCCUUUACGGCACCGACCUGAAGCGGGCGAGCCAGUUUGACAAUUACACACACUCGAAAUGGAUCUAUGCCGUCGUUGUCGGCGCUUUGACGGCGGCUACGUGUGCCCUCUACUUCAUCCCUUUCAUCAUAGAAGCCGGUGGGGUUUUCAUCGUCGCCUGGGAUCUCAUCCUAUUCAUCCUGUGGAUCACUCUGUUUGGUGUCUUCGGCAAGCUUUACAUUUACGAAAACGCCCAUGGCAACGGAGACAUUGAGCGCAUGAAGCACGCCGUGUGGGUAGACUUGACCGGUGCACUGCUCUGGCUGAUUGCAGUUGUUGCUGCAUCUGCGUACUGGUCGAAGCAUCGGAUUACUCGCACCCGUUUCACUGGUCGAGCCGAGGUCUAGUCCUCCCUGUUGUACCUCUCUGUCAUCCUCGCAAGCGAGG